AUGAAUAAAGUGAUUUCCUCGCUCAUUUUAUGCUUCAUCGUUCGCGCAGUUUUAGCAGCCGAGAAAGAAUCUAGAUCUGCCUACAUCAAAACGCGAGAGAACAAGCGUUUACAUGGCUAUGUUGUCAAGAGAAUUGAUUCUAUGGAUGAAAUGUCGUGCAGUCAAGCAUGUUUAAGGCAUUCUUGGUGUACCUCUUCCAACUUCAAAGAGUCCUCGGGAAAUUGUGAGCUGAACAAGCAUGAGUUUUCUCCAACUGAUGAUGGCACCAAGCUCACUGAUAAUCCAGGCACAACGUUUUCAAUGUUUCUUAAGGUAAGAAACAUUCUGAAUUUUCAUUGCUUAGACAACAAAAGCCUCCCAAACAACAAGAACUAGACUCCUGCACCCAGGCUAAGGCCGACAACACGAUGUAUAACAAUUCCGUCUAAAUCAGUUUUAAUACAUAACUGUGCGUGCGAAGUUAAGUCAUGAAAAAAUAGGAAGUUGGUAAAACUGUACAGUAAAGUUGAGUGGUUGUAAAAGGUGCACGCAUUUCAGUCAUAUGUUUCGUAUGGGAGCUGGCUAUGUUUUCCCUUUCCCAAACUUUUCAGCUCCGCAACAACAAAAUCAUUAUCGAAGGCAAUGUUUUCUUCCCUAACCAGAGGCUUACUUGCUUUGCAAAUAAAGUUAAGAGAAGUAUAGAGUGCAAACAACUAUAAAUGUUAAAAAGAGGAAAGCACGCUUAGAGCCGGCAAUUAAUCGGUGGAAUUUUUUGUGCUCAACAUUAUAUUUGCGUUGUGCCGUUGAAAAUGCCGUUGAAAAUGCUGUUGUUGUUGUUGGAUCAGUCUCGCUGUCUGCAAUUAAAUGAUCUGUAUGUAGUUAGUACGUCGCCGCCCCACUCCAGAGAAAGAGUGGCUAAAACAUACAAAAAGCUGUAGGAAGUCUAUGGAAAACGAUGUCGGUAUAUCAUUUUAGCUUACCGAAGUAACUUAUGAACAUUUUCCUCAGGGCUGCCUAAUGGCUGGAUGCCUUAACGGAGGUUCUUGUUUGUUCGACGAAGGGAAAGACACGUUUGCUUGUUCAUGCAGUCCGCAGUGGAGAGGAGAAAAAUGUGAAAUGGGUAGGUCCAAACUGUUUUUGUUCCUUAAGUACGAUGGACUAUAUAGGAGAAGAGUGAAAGACGUACCCGGCUGAAAACGAAAUCACACAACUUUCUAUACUUUAUAUGUGGCAGUUUUUUUUAGAAGCACUGAGGAACGAGUUAUAAUCUGCUGGCUGGUUUUCUCUGGCAAUGUAGUUGAUGUAGUCCUCACGGAUUAAUUUACAUCCCGUGUAAUAUAUUAAGAAAACUGGUAUGUAACGUAUGAGACUCAUUGGCCUUAAAGGCUGGUUUUCACUAGCGACGGAGUCGGAGUCGGAGUGGUAAGCGGAGAUGUAAGAGCGCUUAUGACCUAGUGAAAAUCAAAAAUCGGAGUCGUAAGCGGAGUCAUAAGCGCGACUGAAUCGGAGUCAGAAGAAUCAGAACGUUUCCAUUUUCUUCCGACUCCGCUUACGACUCCGUCGCUUACGUUCCGCUUAUGAUCUAGUGAAAACCAGGUUGUUGGAGUCGGAAGCAGAAGCGGAAGGAUAAGCCAAUCAGAAUGUACGUUCCCACGCUUUGUGACUGGUUUGGUUCUUCUGCUUCUGCUUCCGACUCCGACAAUCUGGUUUUCACUAGAUCAUAAGCGAAACGUAAGCGACGGAGUCGUAAGCGGAAUCGGAACGCUGUUUUCACUAGAUCAUAAGCUCUACGCUUCUGAUUACGACUCCGACUCCGACUCCGUCGCUAGUGAAAACCAGCCUUUACCGUUAGCCUCGAAUGUGGAAAAGACAUUAGAUCUGGCCAAAUUUUAUGUGACGCUCAAAUUACGGUAAGUCGGAUACCUAACACCUGGAUUAACCCAACAUGACGGCCGUUUUUAAAGAGAGAAUUUGCAUGCAUAGAUAAAUAUUUUGCUUAAGGCUUUUUUUGCGAAAAACUGUUCGAUCGUCUGAGGAAACAGAGUCUAAAUAGAAGUAUAAGUUGUUUAAUAGUUAGUCGUAAAGGAAACAAAGUGGCAAUGCGCAAACUUGGCACAAUUCAGUAUUUGUGCUUUUCUCUGUCGCUGUAGCAGUUUCAACCCACCUUUGCGCCGUUUGUCGCCAUUCUGCUGCCGUUUGUCGCUGCUUCAAGGCCAUUUCGAUUCAGUGUCGAAAUUUAACCUAACAGGGCCUCAAGAAAGUGGCCAAAACAAGUGUAUGCGUAAUCAACAAGGAACACCCAACGUCAAUUUUCGGACGGUAUCUGUUCGGAAGACAUCUAGAAUUUUCGGAACAUUUGUUGCAAAAUUUCUUGCUUGCCUUCCUCUCCUAGGAUUUUCGAACAUCUAAAAAUGGUAUUAUUGCCCAUUUUUAGCCGAUUUUUACCCUAAAAAGGUCACCUAGAAUUUUCGGGAGCCGUUUUUCUGGCGCAAAUUUUCGAAAAGGUAAGUUUUGAUCCCUAUAAUUUUAGGAUCACUAGACUUUCAGCUAGGAAAUCCAAACAGAUGAAAAAUUCUUAGGGGAUAAAAAUAUGCCUGUAUCUACGGUUUAAAUACUAAAAUACGCUUAACAAUGCUAUGUUUAAGUGGUUUUGUACUAUAUUCUCGUUGGGUGCUCCUGAUCAACGGCGACGCACCUAAUAAGAACAAGAGAGAAUGAUCGGGGUGAAACUAUACAAAACACCACUGUUGUAUGGGCCUGAUGGGUUUAAAGUUUGAAAACAAAAAAAAAAGGAGUGUGAAAAUAAGACGAUACCAUUAAUGUUUUGUAUGCGCCUAAUAAGUCUGCAUUGCCAGAAAAACUAAGUAUGGACUUUCUCCUCCGCAGGGGCCUCUUUGUUUUGUGGGAGAGCGCGCUGGGCACCCCCGCGCUUUUUAUUUUUUCGAUUAUUGCUAUUUUUAUACGGAUACCUAGCAGGAGCCUCUGCAGAGGAGGGAGGAGUAUGGACUAGUCUGACAUGUCACACGUCCCCACCCCCUAACCCGUGGGGGGUACAUCUCUCUUCCCUACGCGUGGUGUGUCGUCUGCUUAGCCACCUCCCUUAUUGUGGCACGCAAUCAAAGAAAACGGUAAUCAUCAAAAUGAUUUUCUACGAAAGAUUUCAACAGACGAUUGAAGGAAUCAUUCAGUAAAAAUUAUUUUCUUCUAAGUUAAGCAAUGCAUUCUACAUGCUAUUUUGCAGACACAAACGAGUGUGAGACAGACACGCAUCACUGCAGCGGCCAAUGCCUUCUGUAACAACACUAAAGGCUCUUACAUUUGUACAUGCAAACCAGGAUAUAUCGGAAACGGCGUUAACUGCACAGGGAAAAUAAGCAAGCGAAAACCCUCAGCCGAUAGCCCUGAAUAACCUGAUUUGAAUGAGGCUGACUUAUGCGAGUUUGGGGUUAUAUAUUUUAAAAAGUGGUGGUGUCGUAAGCGGGAGCCGGCGAAUCCGGUGAUAAGAGUAAGGUGAUUAAACGUUAAAAAUAUGUGCAUAUUCGGCAACAAUCAUUUGCCGGAUUCGCGGUUUGUUAUCACGGCUUUUUCUCUUUUUUCCAUGACUAUAUUUUGCUAUCUUCCGCAAAACUCUCCUCGUGCAACUUUCUGUCAUUUUUAUUAACAUUUUGCUUUGUUCUAUUGGAGCAUCUUGACAGCCGGCUUAAGGGGCUAAAUUAAAAAAAAAAAAGGAAAUAGCCCGUUCGCUAGCGAUGGUGGCUUCACUGUCCAAACAACCCCAAACUCUCAAAAGUAAGCCAGCUCGCAGACUAGUUUAUCGUUUAUCUCGCGGUAGUCGUUACUUCGUUAAACUACUACCUAUCGACAACACAGCUGCAGAUUAGUACUAGUAUGGACCGUAUGGUUGGUGGAAACCAUAAAUGAGGCUCGUAAUGCUAAUCACUAGCAACUAAGGGGGGAACUGUUAGCCCACCCUCACUAGUACUCGACACAUUCGCCUAAUGAAGACCAGAAGCACGCAGUUUCAGAGGCACCCAACGGCAAUUUUCGGGAAGAUAUCUGUUCGGAAGACGAUUUGAGAUCUAGAAUUUUCGGAGCAUUUGUUGUAAAAUUUCUUUCUUGCCUGCCUCUCCUAGGAUUUUCGAACAUCUACAAAAUGGUAUAAUUACCCAUUUUUAACGCAUUUUGACCCUAAAAAAGGCCACCUAGAAUUUUUCGGGAGCCUUUUCCUGGCUGAAAUUUUCGAGAAGGUAAGUUUUUAUCCCUAUAAUUUCGGAUCACUAGACUUUCAGCUAGGAAAUCCGACCAGAUGAAAAGUUUUUAGGGGAUAAAAAUAUGCCUAUAUCUACCGUUUGAAUACUAAAAUACGUUCAACAAUGCUUUGUUAAGUGGUUUUGAACUAUAUCCUCGUUGGGUGCCCCUGCAGUUUGAAACGUCGUGAAUGAAUAAACGUUAAACUAGCAUACCUAAAGGGUAGAAAUGCUGCCGUAGGCAAGGAAUAGUGAAGAAAUGGAAAAUUAAGAGUAAAGUUUUUAGUAGAAGGUGAUGUGAGGCUAAGAGGGCUUAAUCCAAAAUCUUUGUCAGUGAUGACCUAAAUUUAGAAAUUAUCUUCCUUUUGAGUAUCGCGUUAAAGGUGAAUAACUAAAUUAUGAGCCAGUUUUAGUAUUUUUCUAGCGUGCUCGCGUGGCGUCAGAAGUGGCCAGAUAAUUCUCCAUUUUUGAUAUGUAUAUCAAUCAUUCUCGCUUGCAACCGUGACUGAAUGACUGAAACUUAUUUUGAAGCUUUGAUUUGGCGAUACGAGAAAAUUUUCUAACUAUGGUGUUCAGUCUUUCUGUUCGCACAAAAAUCGAGCGUUUUCCACGAAACUUAAAAUUCUUGAGUUUAAGACUGUUUAUUUCAUCUGCCAAGUUUAAGUAAAUUUGUUCGACUGUGAUCUGCGCUACAAGAUAGGUUUGAGAAACGACCAUGAAAACACAUUAACUUGGCCAACCAUGUCACGAAUCAAACACCAAUUUAAACAAUUUUGGAGGGCAGUUAUGUUCAAAUUUUGAUAAAUACAUGACAUAAAUUUCGGGCUCGUAGCUCUAAUGCUGCUUGUGUGAUUCCCUCUUAGAACAGAAGAAAAAUUUGCUUGAAAAAUAGUAAAGGCUGCGGCUAUAUGGCCGGUAACCGGUCAAGAUUUUCAAAACACUAAAUGACCGGCAGUCCGAUAUUUUUUUCAAUAAUUUUUUUCAAAUCGAAGAAUCCCAGCCAGACCAAACUAUCAUACGUCGAUUAAGAAUAGACUGUGACAGACUUAAUUUAUGAUCGACAAAUGUUGUCAAAGUGUAAGUCUGUUCAAUUUCAAAGGAAAAAAAUAUUCACUCGAAUAUGAGCGGAUUCGAUCCCGGAGCAUAGGGUCUGCAUACCACUACUCUAACCACUAGACCACCGUGGUUUCUCUGCAAGAUGGCGAUUUUAUUCAAAUAUUAUAGCGUAAACCCCAACCCAAAAUAAAAGCCAACUGCUAACCCUUAUCACAAUUCUCAGGGCUUAACCCUAAUCAGUUUGGUUAGUGCUUCAGUUAGUACUUUCAGUGCUUAACCCUAAUCAUAUAGUCAAAAUAUCGGACUUACAAAAUAUUGCAUUUUGUGAAAAUAUCCUUGAAAGAUAUAAACGGCUGCUUGCUCCAUGCAGUGAUGCUAUUUCUUUGUCCAUAUGCUACGCUAUUUUGCUGGUCUUAGCGUGUUCUGUUUUCCGAAAACCAACCAAAAUAUAUAGAGGUUUCGAACUUUUCUUUCAUUCUGCCUUGGCAUCGACUAGGAUAAAUUUAUCAUGAAUGCUUUCGAUUCUCGGUCGACAAGUGUCGGUCAACUGCAAAAGUAUGCAGCACGUGCAAAGAUUUUUUGUUUUCUAAUUAGACCUGUUGUUUCUUUACUUUAACGAGAUUGCAAAUUAUUCAAAUUGCAGUUGAAAAUCAAUGAAAGAAGAAAGCACGUGGUAAUCCACUGCGCAUUCUAAAUCUCCCAUUCGAGCAUAGCCACAAUUCCUUGCGAGUCUACUGCGCAUCCCAAAUCUUCCAUUUGCACUUAACCAAAAUUCCUUGCGAGUCCAUUGCGCAUCCUAAAUGUUUCAUUCGCACAUAACCACAAUUCCUUGCGUUUGGCAAGAAAACGUGAUUCAAUGCCCCUAUAAUGUGAUUUUUUGCCGAUUAGAGAGCUGCCUCGUUCGCUCGCUUCAGGCUCGCUCACUGCGGCAGCAAAAAUAUGUGCAUAUUCGGCAACAAUCAUCAGCUGGAUUCGCGGUUUUUGUUACGGCUUUUUUCCCUUUUUCCAUGACUAUAUUUUGUAAAAAUUUAGUACAAAUUUCCUCGUGCAACUUUCUGUCAUUUUUGUUCACAUUUUUCUUUGUUCCUAUUGGAUAGUAUCUUGACACCUCUUAAGGGGUGAAAUUAAACAAAAAAAAAAUAGUCGGUCUGCGGGCUCGCUUUUCUCCGCCCCAUUCUUCCUUGCCAGUUAGUGCUAGUGGCUCCACCGCCAAAACAACCCCAAACUCUGACAAGUAAACCUGCUCGCAGAAUAUAUAACAAUUAUUCACCUCAGUGUCGGUGGCUAGUGGUGGGUGGAUAUUUACCGAGGCCGCGAAGCCACCGACACUGAGGUGAAUAAUUGUCACCGUGAAUAAUUGUCACCGAAGCCACCGACACUGAGGUGAAUAAUUGUUAUAUAUUCUGCAAGCAGAAUAUAUACUAAAACAUUGAGAUCACUGAGCACAAAAAUAUAAUUUUUAACUCAUUUACUGUUGCCAGCGAUUACAUUUUGGCGCGCAAUGACCGAACGGCCGCGGUCGUCGCUUUUUCUUACCGACAAAUAAAACUUUUUUUGAAGGCAUUUGUUUAGCUCUUGCGGGGAAAUUUCUUCAAAAGGAGUUGUGAAUUCUUUUUGUAUUUAAAAUCAUUCUGUAGAAAAGAUUAUUGAAUUUAGUUUUAAGCUUGUUUAUGAACAAGUCAACUAAAUAAAGUAACGCAAGACUAAGAGAAAUUUGCAUUUGUAAACAAAAAACUUUUUCACCGGUUUUGUCGAUAAAUUUAAGUAAAAACUUCGUCACCUUCUUCGUGAAUUUCGGGAACAGCUUGCUUGAUUAGUUUUCGAAUUUCUUUGUUGUUAGGGCAGCAAACCGCGGGAAGGCAUUUUGCUCGCAACUUACGCGAGUUUGGCGUCGCUCGCUCGGAGGAACUGGAGGUGAAUCCAGGAUAUUCACUGAUUGAGUAGCCAAUCAGAGCGCACGAAAAACACUAUCCACUGUUUCAAUAUAUAUAUAGAUUUAGCCAGGGCCAAAAGUGAAUCUCUCGACAAUAGUUUACUCAAACAAAAUAUAAAAUCGUGUAAUGCUUAGUACGUGGCGAAGGAGACUAGAACGGUGAAAAACAACUCUUACAAUAGGUCUAAUUAGCAAGCAACUUUGCGGUGCAGCACACCUUUUUUGUAUAUUUCUAUGCCGUUGUUUUGCACGACUACGACGUGAAACUUUCGUGCAGAAACUUCCUGCGUACAACUGGUUUCACGUUUUAUGGGGGAAAUGUCGUACGUGUCCUUGCUCGCUUUUUUUUCACUGGCGCACAUGGCGCUCAUUUUCACCUUGCAUUUGAUAGCCGCUAGGAUUUCUUAUUUUCUCACCGCCGCUACAAAAUUUUCAUGUUGUUCUUUUAACAAAACAAGUGUCUCUCACGUCUUUUAUCUCUCCCUCUCCCCCCCUCCCUCUCUCUCUCUCUCUUUUCGAGUUUCAUUGCGUUUUUUCCGUCCCAUCACAUGAAAUUUUUCCCGGCAUUUUUUCUGGGAAUAGACGAUUUUCUUUACCAUUUUUAGAUCUUGAUGAGUGCGUACAAGGAUCACAUGAUUGCCUUCAAAGCCUCGCGUCUUGUUCAAAUACUGAUGGCUCGUUUAAGUGUUCUUGUAACGACGGGUACAUAGGUGACGGAAAAACAUACUGCCAGCGAAAAGGUAAGGAUGUUUUCAUCUUUAGUACGUCGGGGUUUAUCAGUCUCCAAGGCAGUCAUCAUGGUAAUCAUCAGGGAAUAGCUAAAUGUAAACUUCAACGUUUGAAGUGGGCUGACUUUGAUAAUGAUGAUCAUGGUGAUGGUGUUGACAUAAGGAUAAUCUCAUUGAUAAUGAAAAUGAUGAUAACUACUAUUAUCAUUCGAUGCAAAUGUUUCUUCCUUUGCAUUGGCCGACAGCCCGCCACGUGACCUGCAAAUAACUGCCUACAAAUAAUGGUGUGCUCAUGCGCAAUGUCGUUCAACUGUAAGUUUUUGGCUUAAGUUUUGGCUGCAAAUACUAUUCUGCUCAUGCGUAAACGAAACCACGCUUUCCUCCUACUUGCGAGCGCUCUUUCGUGAAAAUGGCAGAUCGCUUCGCUUCCCGAAGAUAUUCCUAAAGCACAAACUCGGUGAUCGAAUGAUAAAACAAUUAUUGAACUCGGUUAUCGCAAAAUAUCAUGAUUUGUCAAUGUCUCGCAGAUCAAUUAUUUGCAACUGCUCGCCACUGACAAAUCACGAUAUUUUGCUCACCCUCGUCCAAUAAUUGCUAAUUAUUGGUAAGAGCAGGAGGUAAAAUUGGUGAUCACGGUGAUGUAGAUUGAACUGGCUGCUUCACAAAGUAAAGAACAUAGAUUUGCGAUUUUUAAUAUACUAACAAUAACUGUCCUUCUUUAAACUUGGAAAUAAAGUAAUUCAUUUGUCUCGUGGUAAGAAGUAUUUUUUUUUACCAAUUUAUAAUCCCCUUCAAACAUUUUUUAAGAUGCCACUGAAAAUUCCUCUCUCCCCGCCCCCUGUGGUAUACGGAACGAAUAUGGACUGCCUUUGGUACAUGUUUAGAAAUGAAAAUGCGAGAAUAAGCAAAGACGGCGACGCUAGAGCGCUGCCAUUUCUAAAGCUGCCUUAUGAAUCAGAAACAGGAAAUUGCGUAAUAGAAAAAUAUUUGUCUUUCUCUUAAGAUUUCACCGCAACAUUCACAUGUGACAAUUCAAUGGAAAUGUUUGCUGACGGUCAAAGCCUCGGAACGGAUAGUAUUUGGCAAAACCCCACCACCUACCUUGUACCAGGAAACACUCGAGUUCUGUCAGUAGCCGGGGAAGACUAUGGCGGCGUAUAUCUCGGAAUACUCGGCUCCACUAGCAACGGACUGGUAACUAAUGAAACUUGGAAAUGCACCAGUGUUCUGUAUCCCGAAUGGAAUUCCCUGGAUUUUGAUGACCAGAACUGGCCUUUGGCAAAAGUGAUUGCAAACCAUGGUGCAAGUCCUUGGGGUACACUAAAUGGCAUCGCAGUUACAGCUAAGUGGAUAUGGGGAAACACCAACAGCAACACUACUUAUUGCAGACUGCCACUACAGUAA